CAUAUUAGAAGUAGAAACAGGAGUUAAGAGAAGUAGAGGUAGACCUAGGUUAGAUUACUGAUCACAAAUACAUAGUUACAGAUGUGGGAUAUUCUAGUUUUAUGGAAAUGGGAAGAUUAGCUCGGAUAGGAAAGAGUGGAGGUGCGUAUCCAACCAAUCUCAGGACUAACGUUCCUGUCAUUAUGAUGACGAUGAUGAUUAUUUUCAUAGUGUAAAUAAAGGGUUUUUGUAAGUACUGAUGCAUAACAAUAAAAAUGAUUAUUUUGUUAGUAAUAAUUCGAAGACGAAGUAAGUUAAUGGUAGUUAAAGGAAUGCGGAUUAAGUUUUAAAAUAGAACGCGUAGUUUUGCCGACUAUAAAUUUGGAGAUACGUAGAAAAUGUCAGGAAAUCAUUAAGGUGAGUGAAGAUGGCCACCCGUCUCACCACCCUGCCUGUUGUUAUUUGCUCAAUCUCUAACUAAUUUUCUACUAGUGACCUAAAUGGGAAAUUACGAAUUCGUACUAUGUAACAAUAUAAUAAAUGUUCAUUAAUAUGCAAUAACUUUCCAAUGGGCACUUUCAACUCGUGUACUUGGUCGACCGACGUUCGUUGACUGUCUUCGUGUCUUGUGUCUUGUGUGGAUCGUGGAUACCAUAUGACGACACGACUACUACCACUUCGGAGAACAGUUGACCGAAGUAAUUAGACCAGACAAGUAGGUAGGUAGAAGAAUAGAACGUGUGUGUGUAGGUAGUAGUUGGCUGUUGUUUGUAGCUGCACGUAUAUAUCACAUUGGCGCCGUUCGUUUCGUACGUUUCGUUCGUUUCUUUUUUUAUGACUAUUUGUCGCGACGAUCGUAUAGUUUAUUAUAUAGUACGCGAUUGAAUUUCGCGUGCGUGUAACAUCAUCAUCAUUGAUGAAACGCGCGGUUGUUUCUUAUAUAGACAGCGUUAAUAGUUAUUAUUGUUGUGCGGUGUUCGUCUUCUGUUUCUUGGAUUGUUUACAUAUGCUGGGUACGAUUUCGUUUAAUAACGGGAGUGUGUGUGUCGGUACGCGAAAAUAGUAAAACAAAACUGGUACGAAUCGGAGUGUUCUGUACUUACAGGUAGUUUAUUACCGCGAUGAUGUACUUUAAACUCCGUUUGCGGUGGGAUUUAUGAGUUGUUUUAAACUUUUAUAGUUUACACAGUGAACAAUGCGAUUCUUGGCGUAUACGUAGGUGCACUAUUCGUACAGUUAUUAACAUAACAAAGUGUUUUCUUUUACUUUUUAAUAUUUGUAAAGUUAAAUACUGUCCGGUAGCCGUUUGUGGUCUUAUUAGUUGUUUUACUACGACUGGGACGUACUAGUAUACUGCUAGUACUGGUUAUGAUAAUUAGAUUUAUUUAAUGGGUUGCCAAUUUGAUUGUGAAAUGCAGUGAAAGGAUUAAUAAGGUCGCUUAACCUUUCGACGGGGAUUUAAACUUUUGCACGAUAUACCUACACCCAGGAAGAUUUAUAAGGGUUAAUUACAAAGGUAUCGGACCCAGAGUUAUCAAAAUAACGGGGGAUGAAAUGUUGCGCAAUAAAAAGAAGGUUAUUAGCAGUAUGCGAUGGUGGAGUUCAAUAUUUUCGUAUACCGAAACGGCGAAACGUAGCAAAAGGCAAUUAGAAGAGAAUCAGCAAUAGUAGAGUGCCCCUGAUAGGUUGGAUAAGUCAACAAUAGAAUCGUGGUUCACAUGUUUUCGCGAUAAAAAUCUUCAACAAAUAGCCAAAAAGGGCCAGUUACGAUACGAGGAUAUCGGUGCGAAAUGGGUUCUUUUGUGUCUGAACUAACCGUCCCUGGUUAUCCUUUGUCAAAUUUAACCGAGCAACUGAUCAAUUCAUCGAAAUCAGGAGAAACGAAUAUAAACAUGACCCAAGCCGUUUGCGAAUUGCACGACAAAGAAUUUCUCCAACUAGAAAUUUCGUCACUUGUUAAAACGGAAACUACAAAAGAAACUCGCAAAACACAAAAUUGCAAAAUGUUCGAAAAAGGCACCAAUUUAAACGAAGACGGAAUUGGAACAACCAAUAUCGCAAAAGUUGCAAUACCAAAAAUAGAAACGAACGAAUUGUCAAAGGAAGAAUUGUUACGGGAAAUUUCAGGAGUCAGUGAAGACGAAAUGAAUAAUGAUUUUCAAGACAAGAACCGAACUGAACGUUCUUUGGAUUUUUCCGAGUAUAAUAAAGAGCUUAAAGCGAUAGACGCGACGAGAAUUUCAAACUGUUUGCUGAACGAAGUCGAUACUUCAUUAAGUAAAUCUACCGAAAGUGAAAUUAACAGUCAAUCAGAUAAAGCAACGGAGGACCUCUUGAAGCUUCUGCUGCGUAUAAGAGGUACAUCUUCUUUCGAUGAAGAACGAACAAAAGCCGUGGGUGCUUGUAGUGCGGAAAACACCGUAGUUCCUGAUUUAUCUGGCAAGGUCAUCGGAGCAGAAACUAUGCCGGAGGCGUGCAAAGGUAUGUACAUCGAUCUUCCGCCGCCCGUUGACGCGAGGACGGAGUCUGAGGCGUCUCUUAGCUCUUUAAACUUAGACGAGCAAAUAAUUCUAGAGGCGCCCGAGGAAUUUCGCUCAUCCGAUAAGAACGACCGACUGCAUUACGAUUGCGGUGGGUCGCCGGAAGUGGGCGCGUGCAUCUUGUCUGAAGAUGAAACCGGUCCAUUGUGUCACGAUCGGCUGGUCCGUGACUGUAAUAAAGCUUCUAAAGCGGAAGGAAACAUGCGACCGCCAGCAAGAGAUACACGUGAGACUGGCAGGGAUAAACAGGCAAACGUAGAAGGUAUCAACGUAAUUAUUAUGCCCAAGACGGCGAUGGACGGCAUUAAUAAUCAUGUUGCUGUGGACGCACCUACAAACACAAUGGAAACAAUCGAGGACAACCGUCAUGCAUCAAGCACUCGACCAGGUGGGGCGUCCGGAGACAAUGACCAAAUGACAACAGUCGUUUCAAAACAGUCGACGUUAGACAAUGAAGAGGCCCUCGAUUCUAAUACAGAAAACGACGAAAUCGUUGGACCGACCUCACGUGUGUUAAACUACACUGCAGAGGAGGUCACGUGUGAAAAAAUGUCGAGCGUGAAGGUCACGUUGGCGAACAAUAACAACAGUUCAAAUGAAAUUGGAUCUAAAUUGUGGGACGGUGUUCGCGAAGGACGAGCCAUCAGCUCUGUGAAUGGGUUUGCUGUCUUCGGAGAUGCCUUUGUAAACGACGCCGACGACGACGACAUCGACGCCGGUUGCGCGGGUGCGUCGUGCGUGGGGGACACACAACGAGGGACCUCAACCGCCUCGGAUCCAUCGAUCGCGUCUGACGGCGCACGUUGCGCACAGGCGCCGCGAUGCAGUCGCAUCCCGACCGCCUGGACUAGUGUUGCGCCCGUUUCAUCCCGAAACCACUCGGCAAACAGCUGUAAGGACCCUGUCACUGAUUCAGAUGCCACAGUGACUAUUGCAUCAAAAUGUGAUACAAAAUCCAACUGUACAGUUUAUACUAGUGAACUUGAAAGUGACGUGAACGUGGAAUUUAAUAAUCUCAGGAAAAACGUGAAUAGUGCCAAAGUUGUUGAAAACUCAUCCAGCGAUCCAGACUUAGCGCUCCUCAAGUGGGAAUUUAGAAACGGACGUUUAGUGUUCGACGAGAAAAAGGAUGAGAGUGAUUCUAGAGCGGCAGCAGAUGAAGAUCGCUUUCCAUCGGUUACCUUGAUAGAGAAGUAUCCUUCGUUAGUUUUCCGAUUAUCAGACGAAAAUAGCGAUUCUUGCUCUGUCUGUUCUGUAGACAUCCUCUGCAGCAGAAAUAUAAACAAAAAGUGCGUCGAUAGCCAUUCUCGGAUUAAGUAUCUAGAAAGUAAAUUAAAAGAAGCUGCUGGUAUUUCGUGUGACAUCAGAGAAAACGGAACAAAUCGAGCAGAAUUCGAUGAAAGUAAAUACGAAAACGUUGAGGAACGUUUACUAUUGAAACAGUGCGAUAUUGAUAAAAAUCAAAACAUUAUAUAUAAAACAGACUCUCUCGAUAAUCAAUUGACUGAAACCGCACCGAUUGACAAAGAUGAAGUAGACUUUGGUGGCUCAAUUAGUGGAUGUGAAUUUGAUGUUCAGAAGCUUGGUUCGUUCAAAGGAUUUAAUUCUGAUGACUUUUACGUUGUUUACGAUGAGUAUGACGAACUUGCCAGUUCAGACGAUGGUUCUUCUUCAAGCUCUGUUGUAACAAAAGAAGCACCGAUUACCAUGGGCACCGAUGGCGAUAAGGUCAAACAACACAAUCCCGACCACGAGAAUUUAAAAUCACUUUUGAAGAAACCUGGUCGAGGUCGAGAUGGUGCUAAUAAACAUCGAGUGGUCUUCAACGAAAACAAAAACGAAUUUUUCGAUGCCGACUACAUAAUUCUUAUCCGAGAAGAGUGCGAUUACGAUGACGAGGACGAUGACAGUGUGUGUACAUGUAACGAUCACGAAAUGGUACGUCUUACGUGUUGCGAGCCCAAUUGCAAUUGCAGUAUGUACGAAACUUAUUCGGAAAAUACCCCGCCGAGUCCAAAAUUCGCGCCUCCUUUCGAAUUCGUCGAUGCGGUCACCCUCAGUCCACCUGAAGGAUACAAGGACAUGGAGCUUGGAGAACAGCAACUGUUGGCGCUUCAACAGAUGGCCAGUCGAGGACAGCGAGCAGCAGUUUGCAAGGAUUGCAGCCAAAGCCACGAAGAUGAUGGCAGAGACACAAGAGGUGAAAACGAGAGCGACUUCGAAUCUGAUCAAGAAAAUGGUGGCAAUGAGGAAACUCAGAAAACCGACCAAAGCCAACAAACAACCCCAACAACUCCUCCGGCAGACUCAGACAGCCCAGACGGUCAUUACUUUAAUGUAGAAACCCCAAAUACAAACAUGAACGACGAAUUUGAAAGGAAACGUUACCUACUACAAAAUACUCCUACGGUAUCAGGGGGUCAAUCAAAAAUUUCAGGAAUCCUUAAAGGCGGUCGCCUUUGGAAGCAACUGUGUCACGACAGUGACAAUAAACCUACGGAAUUGCAGCUAAACGAUUCCAACAGUACUUCUGACGAUGAAAAUAAUAGCAAUAAACGUUCAGUACGAUUCACCGAAAUCUCUGAAACGGAAAGGGACAAUUGUGACGGUGCUUCUGAUAGACCUGACGGUGAAGAUGACCCCAUUUCUCAGCAGAAUUUAGAAAACAGUCCCAAAUUAAAUAACAUCUCCGUCUCACCGGAGUCUACCGAAAUGACUUUAACAUUCAAACUUGGAAAUCACUUUUUAGUUUCAAACAAUAGUUUAAAACCAAAUUCGGCAGUAAGACAGCUCUUUCCCUGUUCGAAACCGUUAACUAACGCAGACGAUCCUGACCAUAUGCAUCAAUACUUGGUGACUGCUGAAUCACUUCGAGCAUUUGAAGAAGCUAAACGAUCGAAACUUCCUCAAAUAAUUCAGAAUGACGAUACGGACGAGUCGAUUAAGAAAGCGAUUGAGCGCAAUACACUUCGAAGAUCAUUAAUAAGAUACGAACCUCGAAGUAAACGAAAAGAACAGAAACCAGACAAUUCUUUAGUUGAGAGAAUAAAGCAGUUAACUUGCGACGUCGAUGAGGGCACACAAGAGAUUGAAAUGUCUCAGGUACGUGUCAGUCCUCCUGGCGAAGAAUCAUCGAAAACACAAGAAGAAACUUCCAUGAAUCCAAAAAGCAACGACAAGAGUUUCUCUCCUUCGUCUUCUUCUACAGCAAGUUCUAACUCUUCUGGCUCUUCUACUUACAAAAAGAUCACGGAUCUGUUCAGUAAAAAGGACAAAUUGCCGGACAUUCAAAUGAGCGUAAGCGCAGAUAAUACCAAUAAACAAACUCAAGCUUCUGAAACAGGAAGCAUUGACGGCCACGACAGACUGAAUCAUCAACAAAUUGCAAAGGUUAAUUCUACCAAUGAAGCUAGAAAACAGUUUCUGUCCUCUUUAGCGCCCCUUACAGCUUGUGUAGGAGGAUUCGCGCUGGCCGACGAUCACCAUUAUCACCUGGCUAAUAAUCAUCCAGGAACUCGAUCCUCAGUUACUAGUUCAGUGGGAACUGAAUAUAGCCUGGAAGAUAUCGACGAAGGUUUAAGAAACGGAGGAGAUGAAGACGCCGAACCAAAACGAGUUACUCCAGACGUUGUAGCGGGAACUCCGUCAAACGAAUCUGCAGAUGAACUCGCCAUGUUUGUCCAGCAGGACGCCAGUCGAAUUGAAAGGAUUAAGAAAAAAUACCAAACUGAUAAUGACGAAGAGGAUGAACAUGACGAUUAUGGAUUCAACAAACGACCUAGCGUCCGGGGAAUAAAGCCCAAAUUUAGUACAACAACCGAAAUACUGCAACAAAUUCAAAACCAUAUGCAAAUGUCUCCUGCGCCAGUAAAAGUUCCCAAUCAAAUGUGGCCCUACUAUUCCGAAACGAGUUUGAGCAAUUCAGAAAUUAAACAAGUGAACAUUAAUCAGUCCCACCCUUCCGAUCAGUAUAAUCACAUACCCGAUGAUGGCAAAUGUAGGACCUUUGCGCAGGUGUAUCGGCCUACAUCCUUCGGCGAUAAUAACAUAUAUCAAAAUUGUGUUAAUCAGCAAUGUACCCGCGACGUCUUGUACCGUACAAAUAUAAAUCAUGUUCAUCCUGUAAUGAGAAUCGGUGGUGGUUGCAGUGAAGUUUAUCAGCAACCGUGCAAUGCGAAAGAAAGGGGAGGUCGGCCGGAAUCACCUCCGCCUUUAGAUAUGGCACGCACCUACCACCAAACGAUGGUCUAUAUACCUUACAACCACUUGGAAAAUUACCAGAACCACUGCUUAUCACCAAACACUCAUUACGUAACAACUACUAACAAUGCCAAAUGCUAUCCAAGAAACUAUAAUCAAAAUCAAAUCAAUGCCAGAUGUUCUGAGACGUAUCACAAAACAGUGAAUUACACUUUAGCAGGCGAUAGAGUCCAGUUUCAGGGAACUGCAUUUAAACAAAACGUGAAGCCUCCUCUUCGUGUGCCAUUCUCUAGUACAGUAGCUCAUCCGACACAUUCGCGCAGUGAAAGUCCUCUUCCAGCUCAAAUUUUAACGGCACGAUCUACCCAGACUCCUUGCACCAGGAUGCCAUCUUGCACCUUUUAUCCUACGAUAAACGCUAAAUUUCGACCUGCUGUUGGUCCAGGCAACAGUGUUCUGUACGCUGAAAGCCCUUAUGGUAGUAAAAUAAACAGGCAGAGCUUUACGAUACCAGCGUCUCGGUAUCCAGCUGCAGACAAUAUUUCUUUUACUGACAGCGACAGUCAGUACAGUACUCAAACCCCAACCCUGUACAGACAAUAUGUGGAAACAACGUUUUCGGCCCAACCGGAUAAUGUGCUUGGGUCACCGACUAAACAACGGUUUAUAGAAAGGGGCGUCCCUGAAGGUGCUGCAAGCGUCCCUUCUCAAGACUCCUUGUCUUCUCAGAGCACUAUGACAUCACCCACGUCUCCUCAACAGAACGUACAGACAAAUACUCCUAAACCUCUGUUUUACGCGAUGAACGUUUGACAGAACGAUUAGGUAAAUAUUAAAAUCGUUCUGAGUAGCGUUAGAAUUUUACCAGGCCAAAGGAAGUUGUCAAAUGAGUCGAAGAAAUAAUGAGGGAAAGUAUCCUAAAGCAGUUUCGAUUCUUAAUACAUGUAUAUGAUGAAUAAAUGCUUUGAGUAAGAAGCAAGAUAAUUGAGAUUAAUUGUAGGUUAUACUAACCGUAUUGGCAGAAGAUACCGCACAGUAUUUGUAAAGGUAAUUAGUAGUUUAUAGAUUUCUGUUACUUUGUUUUUUAUUUUUUGUUAUUUUGUACUUAAUUGUUACGCUAAUAACAGUAGGAAAAUUUAAAUGUAGUCACUGUUGCCAAAAAAAAGAAGCGAUAUUCCAUUACCAAAGUACUAUCAUAUUUUUAGAAGUAAGUGUUACUGACCAAAUGUAACUUUGCCCUAGGCAAUUAGUUUCUCUUAAAAGGCAUUCCAAUGUUUAUCAAAAUGAUUAAGUAUAAUUAUUAAUAAAUUAAAAAAAAAUUGUUCGGCUAACUGAUAAAGAAUUAGCUUUAAAUAUGUUAAAGAGUUUAACAUGGA